AUGCACAGUAAUGUGUUCGUUGACGACAGCAUAAAGAAAAAACCGAACACUGUCACUUACUACAAUAGUACAAAAUGUGGCUUUGAUGUCGCAGAUCAGAUGCUGAGGAAAUAUAGUACAAGUAGUGGAAGUCGCAGAUGGCCUGUACAUGUUUUUUACAACGUCCUUGACAUUGCUGCACUCAAUGCUUGGAUUUUAUUCAAAGAAUCCUUGGGCACCUCUAUUUCCCGUCGAGAAUUUAUUCUUGCACUCGUGGAAGAACUACGAGUUGGUGCACUACGAUGCCCUCCAAUUGCUCAAAUACAGACACUUAAACGAAAGAAAUGUGCAUUUCAAAGUUGCAAGGGACAAAACAAGACUGUUGUCAGCUGUGAGGGAUGCCAGAAACCAAUUUGUGGUAAAUGUGUUGCUGUCACUGUCAAGCGUUCAUAUUGUAUCACCUG